AUGAAGGACACUGUCAAAAGUGAGCAUGAUUGCAGGCAACUGGUGAAGGACUUAAGGAAACAAUUGGUUGAAGUGAAAAGAGAAAAAGAAGAACAAAUCACAAAAUUAGAUGAAGAUGUUGCUCACUGCAAGGAUCAGUUACAAGAACUUAAAGUCAAAGUUCAGUGCAGUCAGAGACAGCAGCAGAAUAAAGAGUCUGACCUUUAUAACGAGAGGGAGAGACUGAAACAAGAACUAGCAGAAGAGAAGAGAGCACAUGCUGAGAUUGAAAACUACCUCAAGAAACACAUUGAAGAUCUUGAUGGUAAGGUUGAGUACUGGAUGUCAAAGUAUGAAGAAGACUUGGAAAUGAAGACCACUAAAGUACAAGAGACUAAUGAGAGACAUGGAGAUAAAGGAUUAAGAUAA